GGGGAGAGCAGGUGCGGGCCAAAUUACCAUACAGCUGAGGAGGGGGGGGGGGGGGGCAAACUUACUUCUGCAGCACACACACACACACACACACACACACACACACACACACACACACACAAACACAAACACACACACACACACACACACAAUAACAAAAGUUCCCCCUCAUGUUGGCCACGCGAGCGACUCCAGUGUGCGCGCGCCUCUCUUAUGCGCACACAUUUGCACAUGCACAUUUUCCCCCUUUCUUUUAAUCUGAGCCAAAGAAGAAGAAGAAGAAGAAGAAGAAGAAGAAGAAGAAGAAGAAGAAGAAGAGGAGGAGGAGGAGAGGAGGAGAGGAGAAGAGGAGGAGUCCAGCUCUCCUCUCUGCUCUGCCAAGGAAUGUUUUUUCUUCUUUGGUCUUCAGAGUUUCAUUCAAAACAUCAAAUUCUUCCCACAACCAGAAAUACCGAAAUGUAGAAGAGUGUGAGGAGGAAGAGGAGGAGGGGAGUAAACAAUUAACUGAGUCAGAGUUUGACACCCAAACAUUUUCUCUCUCCUUUAAGAACUUUAAAGACAAACUUGAAGCUGAUUUUCCCAAAACAGAAAAGUUUGUCCUGAACAGGAGAAAAAGUCUGAAGGAUAAAUUCAACCCUGUCAUCCUGAUAGAAGAGAAAUUUGGUUUUAAAAAAAAACAUUUUACAGAAACUUCUCCAGAAACUGAGAAAAAACACUGUUUGAGUCUAAAAGACAGAAACAGAAAGUCUGAACUCCUGUCCUCCUCUACAGCCUCUCAGACUUUCUCUCUUUUCUCACUUCUUCUUUCGUGGAAAUACUUUCACACACGUCUCCAUUUUGGCCUCAGAUAUUAACGCAGAGAGAGAGAGAGAGAGAGAGAGAGAGAGAGAGAGAGAGAGAGAGAGAGAGAGAGAGAGAGAGAGAGGCUGCUGCUGCUGCUGCUGGGCUCCCAUUGUGGAGAGCAGGACCAGAUUGUGGGUGUGUGUGUGGGGUGGGGGGGUUAUUUGCAUGUUAUUACCAUGGCAUGUGUCCGUCCGUAUAUAACGGGCUGCAGGCCGCCUUUCCUGGAGACAGACGCAGAGUUCAGAGUGAGGAAAGACAGAAGGAGGAGGAAGAGAGAGGGAAGCAUGUUGGACCAGUGACAAACCCGUCCUUGGGUUCGACCAAGACCUUCACAGAAAAACAAACAAACUCCUUCCUGAAAUUUGUCACUUUUACUCCCAGAAGAAACAAAGAAGCAGGAACCUUCUCUCCUCUCUUUACGCACUGGAUUAUAACCCCACUGGAGGACCUCCCGGUUUAUUUUUCAACUCCACAAAGAGAACUAUCAGAAGUUCACACGCCUUGUUGUUGUUUUUGUGGUUUUUUCUCUUGAAGGUUUUGGGAUUUAUCCUUUUUUGUGUCUCGGGACAUGAGUGAGAGGAGCGGGGCUGACAGCAGCUGAGCGGAAACAGAAACGUGCUCAAUGCAUCUUCAUCCUGAGAGGGAGUGAAGAGGAGGAGGCACCCUGAGGACACUCCGAGCCCCGACACCUUUUCUUUUAUUUAUUCUUUAUUUAUUAUGUAUUUAUUUAAUAUGGAGCACGCCAUCCUGCUGACCCUCACCGUCAUGUCCAUGUUGCUGUGCCAGGUAAGAUCCUGAAGCUGUGUUUCUGCCUAACAAUGACCCUUCACCUCCUCCUCCUCUCCUCCUCUGAUCAGUUCCUUCUCCUCCUCCUUCUCAGGGGUUUUGUUCAGGAGUUUUUGAGCUGAAGCUGCAGGAGUUCCUAAACAAGAAGGGGGUUCAGGGCAACAAGAACUGCUGUAAGGGGGGCCUGACUUCGUCUUACCAGCAGCAGUGUGAGUGCCAAACCUUCUUCAGGAUCUGUCUCAAGCACUACCAGCCCAACGUCUCCCCGGAGCCCCCCUGCAACUACGGCGGCGCAGUGACGCCCGUGCUUGGCUCCAACUCCUUCCAGGUCCCCGAUGUCAUCCCGGAGAGCUCCUUCACCAACCCGGUCCGGAUUAACUUCGGCUUCACGUGGCCGGUAAGUGUCGCCGUGGAUCACUGGGGUGGAUGUGAGGGAAGCGGAAUCGCGCCUUUUCUGUAAAGCCGUGCGUAAAAACGCGCUAAUGGCACAGAGCGCAGCUUUUAGAGCGCGCACAAACACACACACGGCGUCCAGGUGUUGAGUUUCAGGGAUCAGGUUAGGCAGACAGUUUGUGGCUUGGUCGCCCCGGGCCUCAGCUCGAUGUUAUCGGCGCACACACUCCGCCGACCACCUGUCUCAUGAAGCCAUUUGUGUUCCCAGGGGACCUUCUCGCUGAUCAUUGAGGCAUUACACACCGACUCCAAAGACGACCUCUCCACAGGUAGGAAACCAACACCUCUCCUUUUCAUUCUCUGACCUCCUUCUCUCACUUUCCACCAUCUGACCCCGUUUCUUCUCCCUCCUCCACAUGUGCGCUUUAGAAAACCCAGACCGGGUCAUCAGCACCAUGACCACACAGAGGCAUCUGACGGUGGGGGAAGACUGGUCCCAGGACCUGCACACCAGCGGUAGGACGGAGCUCAAGUACUCGUACCGGUUCGUGUGCGAUGAGCACUACUACGGGGACGGCUGCUCGGUGUUCUGCCGGCCAAGAGACGACGCCUUCGGGCACUUCACCUGCGGAGAGCGCGGGGAGAUCGUGUGCGACGCCGGCUGGAAGGGGCAAUACUGCACUGAGCGUGAGUCCAACAACAACAACAACGUUUUUCUGUUUAUGACUGGAGAGUUUGGAGGAAACUGGGUGAAGGUUCUGGCGACUUGGCGUUACGAGAACCCAAAAGAGUUCUGAGACACAGAAAUGUGUUCACUUUGGUCUGAGAUAAAAAACAGAAAAAAGUCUGUUUGAAUCGAUCGGAAAAAGUUCAUGCCGAUCUUUAUUUUCUGUCAAAGUCGGAAAAGUUGUUAUUUUUCGGUACCGGGUCUGUAAUCAGACCCUCUGAGUGCCGUUAGAAGGAAACUUGUGCGUAAACAACACACACACACACACACACACACACACACACACACACGACCACUUGAUUUAUUCUAAGGAAAGUUUUGGGGAAUAAUCUCACGCGUGCCAUAAAUUUACAUGCUACCUUCCGAUUGGUUACUGUGGGAGUGGGCUGGGCGCUGAUUGGCUGAGGCGGGGGAGGUAUUGUUUGAAGUGGGCAGCUGCCGGCAGAGAGGAGACAAUGGAGCAGCUGUCGCGCACUGGCAACACACUCGCCAGCUGUCCACUCUUAUCUGCCCCAAUCCGAGACAUUAAGGGGAGUGUGUGUGUGUGUGUGUGAGUGAGUGUGUGAGUGUGUGCGCACAGAGUGAAUAAAAGAGUUUUGACCCGCAGAGAAGAAGAAAAAAAGAGGGUGGUGGGGCGGGCUGAGGGGGUCUCUCUCUGUGUGUGUGUGUGAGUGUGUGUGUGUGUACACUCACAUUCACACACUCCCUCCUUUGUCUCAGGAUGAUGUUAAGCAGAAAAUUCUUCCACGGUGAUCAGGAGAUUGAGUUGAAGGUAACAGCUCAUGGGUUUAGGAGAAGCUCCUCUCCCUUAUUUUAAAGACUCUUGGGGAUUGAAGUGAAAAAAUAAAAAAAUCAACUGUUUACGUUGUUUUAGUGUCUUUACUAAAAAGUGUUUUCCUCUUUCCUCUGCAGCGAUCUGUCUGCCAGGCUGUGAUGAAGAACACGGCUUCUGUGAGAAACCCGGAGAGUGCAAGUGAGUUUUUUUUCAACUGGGGCAUUAAUCAACUAAUCAAUUAAUUACUUAAUGAGUGGGACACAUGUGGUAACGUGAGUGGACUGACCGAUGUUUCCCUCCUAAUUGGACAACAACAACAGGUGCAGAGUGGGAUUCAAGGGCCGCUACUGUGACGAGUGCAUCCGUUACCCAGGCUGCCUGCAUGGGACCUGCCAGCAGCCCUGGCAGUGCAACUGUCAGGAGGGCUGGGGGGGGCUCUUCUGCAACCAAGGUGAGGGGGCGCUCGGGUUCGAGUUUGUGGGUCAUUAAGAUACACGAUACCAUACGAUAGGACAGGACAGCAGAGAGCACCAAUUAAGGGAGGGGCUUGUUUAAAAAGAUGUCAAGGUGUUACCUGGAGUGAGUCAGAUUAACAGGUAAAAUCUGUGGGUCAGUGAUUCACACGUCUGAUAAUCCAAUAGGCAGAUUACAGUGCGACACAAAAGGACACUGAGUUUUACCGAGAAGUAUAAGAUUAUGUGAUAAUACUGAAAUAAUUAAACCAUCAAACAUGUCAGGAUAGAUUUCUUCCUAACCCACUGAGCCAUUUUUGGUCUAAAAGAGGUCGAAUAGAUGUCUUAAUGUAGCCUAGAUGACUGGUCUAAAAUCAGACUACCACAGGUCUAAAAAUUUAAGUUUUUUAGACGUCUAAAUUUAGACCAAGUGUUACGACCCGGAGGAAUGGUUAGGAGAAGAUGGGAGUAAUGAAGUGUAGGAAACAGGAAAUCAGAAUAAGCGAGUGAUUUAUUUACAAUCAAAAAUAAUAAAAAGAUCAAAAACUAAAGGCGAGCACGAGGCAGAUUAUCAAUAAUGUUCCUCAAAAACAAAAGUCCACUGCCAACUAAUUAAUCGAACAAAAGAAACACAACAGGCUCCUGCCACCGGGAAACCCGGUCUUAAAGAACACCAAAACACACAAAAUUGAAACACAGUCUACAAGCGGGAGGUCUGCGGCAUGGGUGAUGGUCAUGAGGGCUGAGGGAGAGAAAGUCAGGGCAGCUGUGCCUACUUAUAUCUGGAGGAACCUACCAGAGAGAGGCACAGAAGAAGACACAGGACACACCCACACCAAGUUUAGACUAAAUCUACAUCUAUACUACACUGUAUAUUGCUCAACAGCUAUCAUAAUUAUUUUGGUUAAAUACUUGGAGAUCAGUUAUGCUCACAUUUGACACUAGUUGUCUAUUAGCCAUCUAUUGCUCAGUGGGAAUGUGUUAAAAUACAACACAAUAGAGAACAAUCAGACACUGUAUGAAACAACAGGACAGGGUUCAAAACAGAUGCAGGAGGAGCUUUUUAAAAAGUCUCAACAAAAGCGGUUGAUCAAUAGAUGUAUAUUUUAUUGAUGUCCACCAUUUUCUCCUCGAACGUCUGUGGCAGUAAAGUUUGUUUUGGAAAAAUUAAUAUUAACUGUUGAGAUAAAGAAACAGGAGCAGUGGGCUGAAGUUUUGUCAGGUAUUUCACCAAAUCAGAGAUUCUCCACGCUAAUCCACGCUAACUGUCAAGGAAAGAAAAUAGAGUAAAGGAAAAGUGCAUUCUUGGUGUGAAGUUUCAGAAAGUUUCCUUAGUAAAGUCCUUCACUUUAAAAACAGUUCAAAAGUUUCAAAAGUCUUGUUUUGCAAAGUUGAGAGCAGGAUCUUUUUGCCGGGUUUGGUCUGUGAGGUUUGAAGUGGAAACAGAGAUGGUCAGAGAGUAACAAACACUGACAUGAAAGACUGAAAGGAAAGCAACAACAACAACAGAGCAGCAGUUGUCAGGGAUAAGGACGGGAGGCCGUGCAGGCGCAGGAAACAAAAAACCCUGGAAGCAGAGAGAAAGAGUCAAGUGUGCCCGAGUACAAAAAGACUUUCUGUCUGCAGCCGCCGCCGCUGCUGUCCCACCAUGUGUUGUGCUGUGGCUAAUCCACAUGUGCUGCUGUGUCUCUCCAGAUCUCAACUACUGCACUCACCACAAACCCUGCAUGAAUGGAGCCACUUGUAGCAACACUGGCCAGGGCAGCUACACCUGUUCCUGCAAGCCGGGCUUCACUGGGGCCAGCUGUGAGAUCCAGGUCAACGAAUGUGCUGGAAACCCCUGUCGCAACGGAGGAAGCUGCACGGUAAGUAAUGUGUGGUCUCAGCCAAUGAAAUGGGACUUAAAUCAUCCUCACAACGGUUGCUCUGAUCCGGCACGCAGAGGUUCAGCAGAGCCGGGAGCAGCUGCAGCAGCCAGACGGAUCUUGAUGCUGUUCUAUUUUUUCUUCUGACAGGAUUUAGAAAACACAUAUACCUGCACUUGCCCUCAUGGUUUCUAUGGCAACAACUGCGAGCUGAGUGCCAUGACGUGCGCCGACGGGCCCUGCUCCAACGGCGGCCGCUGUGCCGACAACCCAGAUGGAGGAUACUUCUGCCAGUGCCCCACCGGGUACGCAGGGUUCAACUGUGAGAAGAAGAUCGACCACUGCACCUCCAGCCCCUGUUCCAACGGUAAGAGAGACGGGCUAGAGCCGAGGUUCUGGUCCCACAGGACCGAGCUUUACUGAAACCCAAACAUCCGGACCAAACACAAAUGCAACUCCUUUUCCUGUCCUCAGGUGCUCGCUGUGUGGACCUUGUCAACUCCUACCUGUGUCAGUGUCCCGAUGGUUUUACCGGCAUGAACUGUGACCACACCGGGGACGAGUGUUCCAUGUAUCCUUGCCAAAACGGAGGGACGUGCCAAGAAGGUCCAGACGGGUACACCUGCACCUGCCCGCCAGGAUACACCGGCCGCAACUGCAGCUCACCUAUCAGCCGCUGUGAGCACAACCCGUGCCACAAUGGCGCCACCUGCCACGAGAGGAACAACCGCUAUGUCUGCGCCUGCGUUCCUGGUUACGGAGGCAGAAACUGUCAGUUCUUGCUUCCUGAACACGCUGCCAUCCGAGGGUCAGAGGUGCCUUGGAUGGCGGUGGGGUCUGGCGUGGCCCUGGUGCUGCUGCUGCUGGCAGGCUGCGCAGUACUGGUCGGAUUUUUCAGAUCAAAAGCCCAGCGAGGCAGUCCAGUGGACACCGUCGGCGACGGAGAGACAAUAAACAACUUAACCAACAACUGUCACCGUGGCGACAGGGACCUGGCGGUCAGCGUCAUGCCGACGCCAGGUGUCAAAAAUAUCAACAAGAAGAUGGACUUCUGCAGCGCCGACCCAGAUGAAGGGUCCUCACCGGGGAGGAGCAGCUACAAGAGCCGGCAUCCGCCCGCAGACUACAACCUCGUACACGAGGUCAACUACGAGCAGGCGGCGAAAGAGGCCAUGCUGGAGGCGGCCUGCGAGGACAAGUGCCAAUCUCUGGACUCGUUUGAGUUCGAGGAGAAAUGCAGCAAACGUUUAAAAUGGUAAAUAUGGAAGAUUGACGUUUUUCCAUGUGUAACGGCGAGGGUUUCAGACAAUGACGCUAACAAGCCUUUCCUCUCUCUCUCUCUCUUUCUUGCAGCGAUGCAUCAGAAAAGAAAGCCCCAGAAAUGUCUGCAUGUGCGGACACCAAGUACAAAUCUGUGUUUGUGAUGUCAGAAGAAAAGGACGAAUGUAUAAUUGCAACUGAGGUGAGUUCAACGUCCUUUUCUGUCCAUUUAUCUGUGUAAAGACUCUGUGAACAAACACUGACGUUUGCGUCUCCUUGUGUCUCCAGGUGUAACGAGCCACCGAUGGGCUGCCCGUUACUCAUUUGCUCUAUGGGAGAGUUUUUAUGCUCCUCCAGAUGCUGCUCUAAACCCUAGGGGGAGGUGUCCCGCCUUGAGACUGCUGCUGAUACUGAGACGUUUAACUGAUAUUCAGAGUGAGCUGGUUCUCUACUGGAAACUAAGCGCAGGCAGCGGCGGCCUGUGGGAUAAGAACUGGCGGGGGGAAAACAAAUGUACGGUUGGAAGUAAACUGCCACUUAGCUUUCUGUUCUGCCUUUAAUCGGGGGUAAUAAUGAGAAAAUAUAAGCGGACACUGUCUCGUGGCGAUAGAGCGCGAUGCUACGAUUGUUUUGUUUUUGCAACAUUUGCACCCAGGCCUUUUCUCUAACCCACACGCCGUUGCUGAGCGCAGGAAUUGCAUCAAACGGUGGAUGUUUGGCCAUACUGGCCUGUUCUUCAUGGGCUGAGCACCCAUCUCUGCACCUGUGAAGACUGUAUGUAUUCUUGAUCACUGUGUAAACUGAAGUGCGUUUUCUUCCCUGAGCCCUCCAAACCGUUUAUUAUGACAUAGUAUUGUUCAUUUUCUCCUUUCUUUUCGGGACUUAAUUAAAAUUUAAUGUUGCUUUUUGAUACAGAUUGUCCUUUUUGUAAAAUAAAGAAAGAAAAAAUCAAGAAAAAACUUUAAAAUUAUGAUUUAAUUUAAGUUAAUUUAAGGAUUUGUUAUUUUUAUUUUGUAUUGUAUAUUUGUGAUGUUUGUGUUAUGAUUAUUUAAGUUGCUUUUUUUAAUGAUGACAUUUGCAAAGGCACUUCAGGUCAAUGGGACUUUUUUUUUUAAGAAAAUGUUAUUUAAGAGGGAUUGUACUGUACAAAUUGUUAUGUUACUGUCUCCUUUACCAGUUUUGAAUGAAGGAAUUAGCCAAGACUAUUUUUCCAAAUAAAUAUUGCUAAACGUGAAA